GGGCCGCGGGCUAAAUAUUUCGCAGCAUGUAAAACUCUAUUUUAACGCUUCGGAGUACUAGAUUAUGUAUUUAUUUUAAAGGCGCCAACUGCGUGAAAGAGAUUAAAGUUUGGCUGGCUACGCAUUUCUCGAUAUUUUCACCAAAUAAAACAAGGUUCAUUGUUUAGCUAACUGACGGAACCGGGGAAACUACCACAAAUCUCGUUUAUUGCAUAAAAAGAACGAAAGGAUGGGGGUUCAGUAAUUAUUUGCGACGCUUUUAAUUAAGCCAGGAACGUAAACAUAUCGCCACACAAUGAAUUGAGCAUGGCGCCCCCCUUUCCCAUUGCCACUGAACUUGAAAUUAGAGUCAGGGACAGCUGAUUAAGAGAUUUAGGAAACAUGGCUGGUAAAAUCCCUAUGACACUCCGUAACGCUUGGAUAAGUAAACUUCUACAGUGGCUGUAACAUACACAGACUAAAGGUUUAUAGAUGGUCAUUUAUGAGAAUCUUCCUACUUUAACAAAAUAGAAAAAACCUGCCUCGCAUAGUUCACCGAGGAAACCGAGAGAACCCAACUACACGCAAAGUAGAAGGCAUGAAAAUUGAAAUAAAAGAGACUACUUGGCAUUUCUUUUCAAGGAGAAUAUUGACCUACACACUUCAAACGUUCCGUUCAUGUCACCCAUAGAACGAAAAACCAAGAAGGAGGCCUACACGUGCAGUAGCACAGUGCGGUAUAAAAGGUAAAAAAUAGGAAUAGGAAUAAGGUGUCGCAGAAAAUAUGGAAUACGUUUAAAUUGGUGGACCCAUCUUCGUUAACGGCGGGCUUGUCAUCCUCGGCAGGUUAGUUCAGAUAUAAGGUGCCUUAGAAAGGCGGGUCUCCAUUUCGAUUGGGGGACAUAAAUUCGUCAAAGGUGGCCUUAUCAUCCUCGGCAAGAACUAUUCGGCCGAUAACGAUAGACAAAUAACUCGUAAACGAGUUCCCGCGAACAGCUCACCAGCGACGACUAUAUCAGUGGCUAUACCGUGAAUGACAAGGCCGACUUUGACGAAGAUAAGUCCACCUAUGGAAAUGUAGGCCAGCCUUUCCGAGGCACCUAAUUCCCGUAUGUAACUUUUGUACCACCCAUAGAAUGAAGUGGGCAAAAUUGCUGCUAAUGUAAAAUUGCUGCGUUUUUGUCUUUCAAUGGUAGCGCAGAGAGUUUGUAAGCGUUUCCUAUAGCAUAACGGGCCGUAAAGGAGGGCUUAGAAAAUUUUCAUGUUGUCCAUAAUUUUUUAACAUUACGUGCAUAUUAUCUCUUACAUUACCCACAUAUGCUGGAAAUACAAGCAUAGCCAAUCUCAUGGUUACUUGUAGAAAUUCGUGAGAACUUGCAUAUAACUAUUUGCUGCACUUGUAGUGACCCUAACAGCUUCGUUCUGAGACUUUUGGCGCAUAAAAAUACUAUUAGAAACCAAGAAUUGUCGUGUAGUGAUAGAUAUAAUGAGGAAUUCAGUAAGAUAUAUUGACUUGUUGUUUGUGCUAAAUGGCCGAUACCUUGAGUGUCCACAUUGUUGCCGAACGCGGACCCACAACUUUCUUGGCUCGUGCCACGAAGCCUAUGGAUCGUGCAGCGACUACAGCAAUGUCUCUGCCUACUUAUUUCCCGUCCUCCAGCGGGUAUAUUUUUCAGCUACGUCUGGCUAGAUUCCAGCUUCUUUCCAAAUGCUAAAUCUGAUCGUCUGCUUUACAGAGCACAUUAAGAGCCUGCGUCGAGCAUACGACGUGCUCACAGGAGCCGAGGUUUUGGGGCUCGUUUCUUGGUCGUCUUUGCUGAUCCGCAAGCCCACGUAGCGGUUGGGGCAGACGAUUCAAAUUGGUUAGCAGCAGUGUGACCUUCGGCAGCAAUUGGCACACAGAAAACGAUGAUACAUUUCUGGAGAAUCUGUCCAUCUAACCACCCUUAAUAUUUUCAUCUUGUGUUUCUUUAAGUUAUCUACCGGAACUCUGGUGUGGCGAUCACUCAACUGGAAUUGGAAUCGUGGUGUCUCUCGCAACGUGGUCACCUUCAGGCCGCACCAAUUCGAAGGAGAGAAGGAGAUGCCCAGGCAACACAUCAGAUGGAUGCUUGAAUUUUGCCAGAAAACGUUCAGGCGCGAACCGGAUGAGACGCAGCAGUUCCUCGACGUGGGGUGCGGCAUCGGAGACCUGACGCGAGAGGAGCUGCUUCCUCGAUGCUUGCCGUGCCUCCGCAUCGUCGCCGUCGACGUGUCAGCCGAAAUGGUGGAGCACGCCACACGUCACUAUCAUAACGACAGACUAGAGUUCAGGAGGUUGGACAUUGUCAAUGACGAGGAAGUGACGAAGUUUAUCGACGAGUACGGUCGUUUCGACAGAGUGUACUCCUUCCACACUCUCAUCUGGGUGCGGGACCAAGCGAGGGCGCUGAAGAACGUGGCAAGCCUUCUGAAACCUGGCGGAGAGUGCCUUCUGAUUUUCCACUCGUCUCUGCGGUCUUUGGACGUCAACCGAAACCUUGUUAAGUUGGAACGCUGGUGCAAGUAUUCACACUUGGUCGACCAGUUAGCACCGAAGACGCACGACAUGAACUACUACGAGUGCCUUGAAUACGCUUCCAGGCUUUUGGCAGAAGCUGGACUUUCGCCGAGCAUACUGGAGCUUCCAGUGUGCACCAUGCUCGACAACCACAGCCUCCAACUCUUGGCUGAUAUAUAUGCCUUGAAGAGUCCGCUGACCGCAGUUGUCUCGGAAGACGAGAAGCAGGAGUUCCUGAUAGACCUAGCACAGGAGACGGCGAAAAUGCACUCACCCGACGUUGAUCGUACUCACUACCGGAUUUACGUCAUCAAGGCUUCGAAAGGAAAGAACAGAGCUUCGACUUGAGCAGCCACUCAUGAAAUGGCAGAAGGCCUACGUGUUUCUUCCAAUAAAUGACUGAA